AUGGAUGAAAGCAGUGGGGAGUGGAGGCAUUGCUAUGGCAAUGGAGGGGGAGGGCUGACAGGUGCCUGGCCAGUGUGGGCGGGCAGCGGGGGGUGUCGGAGAGUGUGGUGUGGGCGUGGGAGGCAGUGUGUGGUCCGGGCGCUGACGGGCCGGGCCGAGUGCGUGUGUUUGGAGAAGUGUCGGCCGUCCUUCGUUCCCGUCUGCGGUUCUGACGGCCAUUUCUAUGAGAACCACUGCGAGCUGUACCGUACUGCCUGCCUACAGCGGACGAGAAUCAACGUGGUCCACAGCAAAGACUGCUUCUUCAAAGGCGAAACAUGCACCAUGGAGGAGUAUGACAAACUGAAGAACAUGCUCCUACAAAUGCAGUCUAAGGGACAGCCAGGGGAGGACAGGGCCCACGAAACAGGGAUGGACCAGAAGAGGGCCUUGGUGGACACCAUGUUCAAAUACCUGGACAUUAACAAGAAUGGGAACCUGGGAACUGAAGAGCUGGCCUGGGUGUCUAUGAAAGAGCAUCUAGAGGACAGCCUGCUGGAGUGCACCAUGCAGGACCUUCUCCGCUACGACGACUACAACAGUGACGGUCAUCUCACGCUGCAGGAGUUCUACACAGCUUUCCAGGUCGUGCAACUCAGCUUAGCGGAGGAUAAGAGAGUGAGCGUCACCACGGUAACGGUGGGCCUGAGCACGGUGCUGUCCUGUGGUAUUCAGGGGACCCUGAGACCCCCGGUCAUCUGGAAGCGAAACGGCGUCAUGCUUAACUUCCUGGAUCUAGAGGAUAUCAACGACUUUGGUGAUGACGGCUCCCUCUACAUUACCAAGGUGACGACCAUUCACAUAGGAAACUACAGUUGCCAUGCUUACGGUUACGAAGAGCUGUCGCAGACGCACGUGCUGCAGGUGAAUGUUCCUCCUGUCAUUCUGGUAUACCCAGAGAGCCAGGCACAGGAACCGGGCAUUGCUGCCAGCCUUCACUGCCACGCUGAUGGCAUUCCCACCCCAAAGAUAACCUGGCUAAAGAAUGGCAUCGAACUCCAGCCUCCACUGUCCAAACAGCUCUCUCUCAUCGCUAACGCCAGCGAACUGCGUAUUGAUAGUGUUCGCUACGAGGAUACUGGCGCCUAUACCUGCAUCGCCAAAAAUGACGUGGGCGUGGAUGAGGACAUCUCCUCGCUCUUCGUGGAGGAUUCAGCAAGGAAGACACUGGCUAACAUUCUGUGGCGGGAGGAAGGACUCAGCGUGGGGAACAUGUUCUACGUGUUCUCUGAUGAGGGGAUCACCAUCCUCCAGCCCGGAGACUGCGAGAUUCGUCGCCAGAUCAAACAGAGCGAGAGGAUCGUGGCCAGUUACGAGGAGAUCUGUCCCAAGAGUGAAAGUGCGGUUGCACAGCGUUGCAUCUGGGCGUCGGCCAUCAGCGUGAGGGACAAGUUUGUCUAUGUCACUCAGCCGUUCCACAAGCGUAUCCUGGUCCUGGAUACGCAGGCCCAGAAAGUGGUGCAUGCGGUGGAGACAGACCCGGUGCCAGUCCAGCUCUUCUACGAUAAGUCUCAUGACCAGGUGUGGGUGUUGAGCUGGGGUGACAUGCAGAAGUCCCAUCCCAGCCUGCAGGUGAUCACUCAGGCCAGUGUUGGAGAGGUCCACCGCACCAUACGCACCCAGUUCCAGAGAGUGGAGGACCUCUUCAUCCCACCCACCAACCUGAUCAUCACGCAUGUUCGGUAUGGAUUUGUUUUUUUAAAAUUGGAACCCGCGGUGCAUAAAAUUGACCUGGAGACAUUCCACCGUGUCAAGACCAUCAGCCUGAAGAACUACAGCUGUGUGCCGGAGAGCAUGGCCUACACCUACCUCAGUGGAUAUUACUUCAUCCAGUGUCAGGGGAAAGGCCUCAACUCCUCCAGACUCCAGCUCCUGCUGGACAGCGUCACGGACUCCGUCAUCGGGACCAACCAGGACAUCACGGGCCGACCGUACGUGUCACCGGACGGACGCUACGUGGUCACGGCGGACGAGCAGGCGGGAAAACUUCGGGUCCAGAAGGUCUCCUUCCAGGGUGAGCUCCAUUUGAGCCAUGAACUGGAUACCAGUUUCCCAGUGUCUGAUUUGGUGUUCCAGCCCUCGUUCACAGAGUCCAACCAGUAUGUGGCAGUGGCCACCUCCACCCGCGGCCCAGAUCUGCUCUUCACCAACCUUUCCAGGGGAGAGAGCGAGGUUCUGAGGAGCCUGAAGGACCCCCUCCCGCCCCGGAGCUGGCCUUGGGGGCGCACUAACAGGAUGGUGGUGUCCAGCGGACUGUUUGGUCAGUACCUGGCAACACCGUCGGCCGAGUCCCUGUUCGUGCUGGACGGAAAACGGAGCCGCUCACACUGCGAGGUGUCAGACAUCCGGGGGGGUAACACAGUGGUCUGGGUGGGUGAGGUAUGA